AUGGCGUUAGAUUCCGUUGUAGCCGCCUCGGCUCCAGGCAAGGUGCUCCUAGUGGGAGCGUACCUUGUUGUAGAGCCUCCUGAUCAAGGCCUCGUACUCGCCACGAACGCGCGCUUCUACGCCAUUGCGCAGCCGCUAAUCGCCGUGAGGGAGAAUGAGGUUACGGAAACAGCUGCAGCCGAAGCAGCAGAUGCGGAACAGAAAAAAGCGGAGGAAGGCAACGCGCAGAGGGUUUCAGGCAACCCGUACGUGGAAAGGGUGGUUCAGGUGGCGUUGGGAGCUGCUUUGGGAGAGACAGGCGGAGGAGUGAAGGACGGAGCAACGGACAAGCGGCAGCUGAGGGAGCGGCUGGCGAGUGCAGGAGUGCGCAUCACCAUUGCAGGAGACAAUGACUUCUACUCACACCGCCACACUGUACACCGCCCCUCCAUGCACAUUCCCCCAUGCACAUUCCCCCAUGCACAUUCCCCCAUGCACAUUCCCCCAUGCACGUUCCCCCAUUCACAUUCCCCCAUGCACAUUCCCCCAUUCACAUUCCCCCAUGCACAUUCCCCCAUUCACAUUCCCCCAUGCACAUUCCCCCAUGCACAUUCCCCCAUUCACAUUCCCCCAUGCACAUUCCCCCAUUCACAUUCCCCCAUGCACAUUUCUCCAUCCGCCCUGCUGCGCUUCCUCCGCGUGCUGGGGGGCAGGGGCCAUGGCGCUGCUGAUGAGGGUUGUCAGGAGCGGGCGAUGGGGAGUGGAGCGGAGGAGGGCUCUCAAGAGGAGUCGGUGGGGAGUGCGGGGACGGUGGGGAGGGAGGAGGUGGUGCAUCGGGUGGCGCAGGUGGCGCACUGCCUGGCGCAGGGCAAGGCGGGCAGUGGGUUUGAUGUGGCAGCUGGCGUGUUUGGGUCCAUGUGCUACCAGCGCUUCAACCCCGCCGUCAUGCACGCUCUUAUGGGGGCAGAGGCAGCAAUGACAGUGAGCAGCAUAUCAGCCACACUGCGGUUUCCUCUGUGGGAUCACACCAUCGCUCCCCUGCACCUCCCACCAGGCCUUCUCCUGGUACUGGGCGAGCCAGGCACAGGGGGCACCGCCACACCCUCCAUGCUUUCCGCUGUCAUGAAGUGGCGGAAGCAAUCACCAGAGGAAGCAGAGCCCAUUUGGGAAGGCCUGAAAGGGGCCAAUGCGGCAGUUGCUGCUGCUCUCUCGCACCUGUCCCUGCUCGCUCGCACCCAUCCAGGCGCCUUCUCCACCACUCUGAACCACCUGCAGCACGUGCCUCUCACUGCAGCAGCCCCAGUGGCGCCUGUUGCUGCCGCAACCCAGGUGAACCCCUUGUGUGCCACCAACGAGGCAGCGGGAGAUCUCCAAGCAGGGACACACGCUCAUGGUAGCAGCGACAGCCAUACAAGCAGCAUCGUUGAACCACACGCACCACAGCAACCACAGGAACAACAAGAAUCGUUAAACAGCCAAGAGCAGCAAGGAGGUGACAUCCGGAAUACCAUCCUACAUGCCCUCCUCACCCUGCGGUCCUCCUUCCUUUCAGUGCGCCACCUGCUCUCUGCCAUGGGCGCUGCUGCUGCCACGCCCAUCGAACCCCCCCAGCAGACCGCUCUUCUUGACGCCACCAUGCAGCAGCCGGGGGUGGUGAUGGCGGGGGUGCCGGGUGCAGGGGGGUUUGACAGUGUUUUUGCGGUGGUGGUGGGGGAGGAGGCAGCGAGGAGGCUGGAUGGCGUGUGGGCGGGGAUGGGGGUGAUGCAGAUGGGCGUAAGGAGUGGUUCUAAGGGGAUGAUGUGGGAGGAGGUAGAGGGGUUGAUGAGGAUGCUGGGAAGGGGAUGA